UGAGUUCUUAAUAAAUAUUUUAAAAAUUAUUUUGAUGGGGAAAAAAUACAUAUGUCAAAAAUUGUCAUAUAAUUAAGUUUUAAAAAAAAUUUAUGUACAUAUUUGAAAAAAAAAAAAUUCUUUUAACACUGUUAUUUUUAAUACGAAUCUAUUUUUAAUUAUUAAACAAUUAAGCGAGAAACAAAAAAGUAAAGAGAGAACAGUGUGAAAGAUAGACAGGUUUUUCAUAGUUAGCCAUCUGUUGUGACGUACUAGAACCAUUUGUUAUUAUUUUUAUUUUAAGAAAAAUUCUAUAAAAAAAAAACAAAAAAUAAAAAUCUAAAAAUAGUAAAAAAAGAAAAAAAAAUCACAAUAAGAGAAAAAUUGCUGCCAGUUAAUUAUAACAAUAGAGAAAUAACAUAAAUGUAACAGUAAAAGCCGAAACAAAACGAAGUGGAAACUAAAUGCAAAUUAAGGAAACCUGUGUUUCAGCAUUGCUUUACAAUUAAAUAGCUUACAUUACAAUAAUUCACUAACACCAAUCAACAAGUGAAAAGCUCCUACACAACUAUAAAAUAUAAAAAUCAACAAUAAUAUAAUAAACAUAUCCAAUUUACAGCAUUCAAAAAUUUACAUUUGGUGCAUUUACAGUUUAAAAUUAAAAUAAUAAAGGGGGUGCAUUAAAACAUACAAUAGACAGAACGAAAACGUUGAGAACGAAUUUUAUUUCGUAUUUGCAAUAAAAAAUCAAACAAUAUUUAGCUGGCAAAGCAAUUUUGUUUUAUGAAAUUUUAGCUCUUGUACAUAACCUAGUAAUAAACAAUAAGGGCCACCAACAAAAAAGAAAAAAAACGAAAAGAAACGAAACAAAAAACAAAAACCUUUUAUAUCAAUAAAAACAAGAGAGAAUGCAAAAAAUAAUACUCAUUAUAAUUAUAUAGGUAUAGGAGUAAAUUUUGUUAACAUACAAACCAACAAACAACAAUAAUUGGAACAAAAAAGGGAACAUUGUGGAUUUUCAUUUCAUAUACUUCAUAGUUAAUCGAAAUAAUUGGGCUAUAUAGGUCAGAAAAAAAUAAAUUUUGUUUUGUACAUACCGCAUGAACACGCAUCAUUCAACCAACAAUAUUAAUUUUUUCUUUUGUUUUGGAGCUUUAAAUUAAAAUUGAAAUUUAAAAUUAAAUUUUUUAUAUGAGGUGCAUUUAAUAUUUCAAAUGGUGAAUUUAAAUGAAAUUAUAAUUAAAAUAAAACAUCAUAAAAAUAACGAAAAUAUUGUUACGAAUAUAACAUAAAUUAAUCAUAAUAGAACAGUAUAUAGGAUUUGUAGUGCAGCGCGAAAAAGAAACAAGAGGAAGGAGAACAAAUUUUCAAUAAAAAUGGAUGACUUUGAUAUUGAGGAAAUUUUUGAUAGAUCACAUCAGAAUACAAAUUGGUUAUUACCAUCAUUUGAUCAACAAGAUGCCAUUUAUUUGUCAUCAUCACGGCAAAUGCUGGAACCAAUUAUGGAAGAAACCUCUGAAGAUGAAGAAAGUUCAAGUCAAAGUUAUAAUCAGUAUGAAAAUAGCGCUUGGAGUUCAGAAUCUGAAACUGGAUCUGUGAUUAGAAUCGAAUUAACUAAUGAUCAAGAUUCGAUAUCAGAGAGAGGAUUAGCUUGCCCGGCAAAACGUGCUAGACGUGAUCUCGACUUAAAUUUGUUACUUAAUUCAUCACCAUCAUCACAAAAUCAUAAUGAAUUUAUGCAAUCACAAUUACCAUUAUCAAAAUUACCGCCACCAGUAUCUACGAAGAAUAUUUUAAAUAAUAAUAAUAAUAAUAAUAAUAAUAGCUUUAAUAAUCCUAAUAGUUUAAGUACGAAUACGAACUUAUCAUCGAUAUCUGCAUCAAAUAAUAAUUAUCAUAAUUCCUAUACGAUAAGUGGUCUUAUUGAUAGUCCACAAAAUAUACGAAAAUUUCAAUCACGAAAUAUUAAUAGUACUAAUAAUAAUAAUAAUAAUAGCGAUUCUUUAGCCAUAGGAUCUUUAUUGGAUUCACCGAUUGCUGACUUGCCAAUUUUUCGUAAACGUUUUGAUGAUUUUAAUAUAUAUUCUGAUUCAGAUAGUUUAUCAUAUAAUUCAUUAUCAAGAUCAUCAUCUUUAAUACAAUUUGAAUCACUGGAACGUCAAUUACAAAAUGAUUUAUCAUCUUCAUCAGUUGGUUCAUCACCAUCAUUAUUAAGUUUCGAUGCAACAACUGAAAAUUCAAAUAAUAAUUUAAAUUAUAGAGGAUCAAAUGGAAGUUUAAAACGUUUUGAAAGUAGUGAUAGUAGAUUACAUCAAACAUAUUAUGAUUUAGAUAAAAUAGAUUUUGAUAAAAAUACACCAAGUAUAUUAUUUAGAACAAGUCGAGCUUUAAGUGAGGAACGACAUUCAAAAAGUGAUUCAGAAUCAUCAAGUGAUAAUAGUAUUUUAUCACAUGAAGAACGUAUUUUAGCUAGACCAACAAGUUCACUAAAUCAAACACCAACUCAUUGUUUAGAUUCAAUUACAAGACGUAAUAGUAGUGUUAGUGGUAGUAGUAGAACAAAAAGUUCAGCUGAAAAUUUAUCAGAAGAUAGCGGUUAUUGUGAACAUUAUCAACCAUUACGAACAAAAUCAAAAAGUAUACCGAAUUUUGAAAAAUUCUGUGAAGAAGAUGAAUUUGAAAAUCAUAAAAGUUUAGAGAAUAUACGUUAUAAUCCGCUACCAUCAAGACGAAGUAGUGAUAGUUCAACAAAUAGCGAUGAUGAACAUAUGAAACAUUCCAUAAAAGAAGAUACGGAAAUUUUACAAAAUCAAAUGCAAUUUAAUAAUGAUGAUGAUUUUGAUAACAAUAAAAAGCAAGGCGCCAUUUAUAUUAAUAAAAAUAAUGAUGGCAACAAUAAAGAUAAAAAUAAUAAAUUAAUUUCAUCAAAAAUUACAAUUACAACAACAACUACAACAACAACAUCAACAAUUCCGGAGAAAUAUUCAACAAUAUCAGCAUUAUCGAUAUCAUCACUAUCACCAAUUUCACCGUCUAGUAUAACAUCAUCAUUAUCUUCAUCGUCAUCAUCACCAACAUCAUCAUGUGAUGAAGAUUAUUGUACACAAAAAUCCGUUAUUACAUUAAAAGUGCCAACAACAUCAACAUCAGCAACAACUACAACAACAACAAUAACAAAAUAUAAAACAAAUAAUAAUAAUAAACAACAAAAAUCAAAUAUUUUUACAAAUCUUGCAAAUGAUGGUUUUGCAAAUUGCAACAGCAACAAUAAUAUUAAUAAUAAUCAUCAGAAAAUUCAACGAAAUAAUAAAAAUAAAAAUAAUAAUGAUGAUGAUGUAGUUGAUGAUUUUAAUAAUGAAAAAAAUACGCUUGCGCUACGAGAAAAUAAUUCUAAAUCAUCUACUCAAUCAGCUCAAUUAAAUAAAAUCGAAUUGAAAUACGCAUGUCCACAAAAUACUCAUAAUAAUAAUAAAAGCAACAAUAAUAAAAAUCAUAAUAAUAUAAAUGAAGAAAUAUCAACAGCAUAUUCAGCUAUUGGAAUAAAACCAAUUUCUUCAUUAAUAUCAAAAUCACAAUCAUCGUCAUCAUAUUAUACAUCAUCACCAUUAACAACAGUAUCACCAUCAACAAUAUCACAAUCAAUAUCAAUUAUUAAAAAAGAUUCUAUUCUAAAUACAUCACCUCUGAAUUCAUAUUUUCCAACAAUAUCAUCCAGUUUACCAGAUGUUCGUGGCGAGGAGUAUUCAUUUAAUAUUAAUGAAGAAGAAAAAAUAAAUAAAGAAUUCAAAUACGAUCCUAAUUUAAAUCGUCAUCAAAAUAACAAUAAUAAAAAUAAUAAUAAUUUUAGAAUUGAAACAAAAAAUUUAAAUAAUUCUAAUCAAAUAUAUUCUAAAAAUUAUUCUAAUAAUAGUAACAAUAACAGUAAUAAUAGUGAUACAAAUAAUUCUAAUUAUAAUAAAUACAAUAAUAAUAAUAAUAACAAUAAUUAUUGUAAAUCGAAUAUAUCGAAAAAAAAUAAUAAUAAAUGUAAAAAUGAAUCGAUUGCAACACAAAAUAAAAUAUUUCGUAUAGAUUGUAUUAGUCCUGAACCGAUUAUUAAUGAUUAUGAUACAAUUAUUAUACAAUAUAGUAAAUCACAAAAUUUAAUUGAUAAUAAUAAUUAUAAUAAUAGUAAUUUAUUAUUUGGUCAGAAAAGUUUAAGUUACGAUCAAUUGGAUAAAUGUUAUACAAAAGAAUUUGAUUGCGGAAAUGAGAAUUUAUUGUUAGAUGACAAGUACUUAACUGAAAGAUCAAGUGUACCAAAGGAUUUAAAUUUACUUGGUAGUGAUAUUAAACUUUAUUCAGAUAGUGACAUUUACUCGCAUAAAAAAAAUAUAAAUAAAUAUUAUUGUAACAAUAAUAAUAAAAUUGAUGAAAGUCACAAUAAAACUGCCGUCAUAAAAGAAUCAUCGCAACAACAAUCAUCAAAACAAUUUUUCUUACAUCAUCAACAGAGUAGUAGUGGUUAUGAAAGUCUUGCAAAUUGUAGUGAAGAUAGCAACUGUUACGGUAAUAAUAGCUUUUAUAGUGAUAACGAUAAUUUUGAUGUCAGUGAAUUAUCAUUUUCAUGGAAUGAUACUACUGUCAUAAAGAGGGGAAAUAAUAGUGCCAAUGAAAAGAGAGCGAUAUAUGCUAAUAGUAAUCAAUGUUAUAACAACGAUAAUAAUAAUACUGGCGUAAUAUUAAGAAAUAAAAAUAAACAACAGCAACAAUUGAAACGAUAUAGUGGUGAAUAUAGUAAUUUUACUGGCAAUAGUAAAUCAUAUAACAGUGGUUUAAAUUAUAUGAAUGCAAGUUAUCAAGAUUUAACACUAUUAGAUUAUUCAGGUAAAAAUUUCAAUAGUAGUCCAACAAUGGACGGUUCAAAUUUAAAAAGAAGUUCAAGGGAAAUUAUUACUGGAAAAAGAAAUUCAUAUAAUGAUAGUGGUAAUGAAACAGCUAAAGGAAAUUAUUUGUUAGAUGAAAUUUCUGAAAAUUUUGAUAAAAAUUUAUCUAUAUUAUCAGAUCGAAAUGUUGAUAGUGAUAAAUUAAAAGAUUUUCUGGAUGCAGAAAAAAUUUCAUUUGAAGAAAAACCAUGUCCACCAAUUCGGCAUAAACAAUUAAAAGAUGUAAAAAAUGAAAAUUUACAAGCAGAACCAAGUCGACCACCAAUUAAAAAACCACCAAGAAGAAAUUUAAAAUCACAUCAAAAUAAUCAGCAAUUUAAACAACCAAAAACUUUUGAUGUAGAUCCAUCUAUUAUGAAAACAUCAUAUGCUGAAAGUUUGGAACGUUGUAAUUUUGAUCCUAAAGAAAUUUCAACACAAGAUCUUACAGAAGCAAUUAAAAAAGCAUCACAUCCAAUUCAUUCGACUCCAAUUAAACGUGGUUUCGUUUCAAGUACACCUAACUUACAUACGUUUAAAGUUGAUAAAGUUACCGAAGAUUUUGAUGAUCUUAAAAUAUCAUCAGCAUCGAAUUCAAUGCAAAGACUUCCACAAGAUAAAAAAUUGGGUAUUCUUGUGCCAUCAGGUUCUAAACAAUCUUUAGGUAAAAGUGUUAAUUUUUCUCCUGUUGUUGCUGAAUAUAGUUUUCGUGAUCGUUCUGGAUCUGGUUCAUAUGAUCCUGAUUCACUCGAAGAAAUCACUGAUUCAAUAGUUUUGGCUAAUACUGUAGCUAAUGAAAAAUAUAGUAAUGGUAUUAGUAAUGUUGAUGUUGUUGAUUCAAAUAGUAUUGGUUGGAAUAAAAAAGUUCUCAGAGAGACAAAUUUCGAAUGGAAUGCAUCUGCUGAAGAACAAAAAUUACCAUCAUCUGCAAAUGAUUAUCACAAUAAUGAUCAUCAACAACAAAACAAAAACAUGGAGAAACCACAAAAAGUGAUCGCAACAAUAAUAAAUAAUAAAAAUAAUAGCAAUAGUAAUACUAUCAUUACUACAUCUACUACAACUACAACAACAACAAUACCACAACAAGCUACAAAUAAUAAUAAUAGCAGCAAAACGAUUGUUCUAAAUAAUAAUGGAACGUGUACUGAACAACAUUUUCAAACUAGUUUCAGUAAGAAAACGAAUGCGAAUGAAGCAAGUAAUAGUAAUGAGAGUGCUAAUGUUAUUAAUAAUAUAAAUAACGGUAACGAAAUCAAUACGGUGAAUUUAAAGAAAAAUAAUAAUAAAAAUUUAAUUGAUAAAAGUGAUUUUGGUGAAAAAAAUAUUGAAAAUAAUAAAAAUAAAAGCUCCAAUAAUAUUAAAAAUAGUAAUAAUAAAUUACAACAACAGCAACAGUUAAAAGAAAAUAUCAAUGAUAAUUUAAUUAAUAAAAUAAAAAUGGAGCAACAAAAUAAUGUGAAUAUAAUUAAUUUACCAUCAAUUCAAAAUGGUAUUAAUUUCAAUGAAGAUCAUAAUAUUGAAAAUAAUAUUAAAAAUGUAACAAAAAAUUUAAUACAAAGUGAAAAAAUAACUAAUAAUAAUACCUAUAAUUAUAAUGGUACCAAAAAUGGUACUGCCAAUAAUAAUCAUAAUAAUAACAAUAAUACUACAGUGACAACAGUAACAACAACAAAAGUAAUAACAACACCAACUAAGAAAAUUCAAAAUUCAUCGAAAUCAAAUAAAACUUAUAGUUCUGCUGGUAAUUCACCACAAUCUAUUAAACCGGAAUAUACUCAAAGUCCACACCUAGCAACUACAGUACCAUUGAAUCCUGCACAUAGUAAUGAAUUAUUGAAUACAACUAAAUAUAAAGGAAAAUCUGAGGAUAAAAAUAAAUCAUUUUUAUCAAGAUUUGCUGGUAAUUUUAGAUUUUCAUUGAGACGUAAACCUAAAAAAACCUUACCGAAUGAGCCAAUGCCAACAUCUGUAACAGAACAACAACAAACUUUUGUUAAAAAUAAUCGUAAUAUAUUUGGUGGUUCAAAAAAGAAAUCAAUUGCUGAUGGUGCUGUUAAAUCAAAAUCAAAUUCAUCUACAAAAUCAGCAUCGAAUUCUCGUGAUUCACGUGAAUCACCUGAUUUCAUUUAUAUUCCAUUAAAGGGACCAAUUCCAUCACAUCAAAAUAAUCAAAUAAAUAUAAAUGAUUCUGGUAACAGUAAUAAUAUUAUUCAAAAAGAACAAGAAGACCAGCAACAACAACAACAACAACAACAACAGCAAUUACAACAAAAUGGUCAUAAUGGUAUUAUUGAAAAUACAAACCACAUGUUGAAUCAGGUGACUGGUAAACCACCUUUACCAAAACAACCACCUCGUGUUAUUAUUGGUGAAAAAGGUAUUAUACAUCACCAACAGUAUCAACAACAGCAACAACAAUAUCAAAAUAAUAACAAUAACAGUAAUAAUAAUAAUAUGAGUACUGAAGAUAAAUUACUAUCAAUGCAAUAUAAUCAACAGUGCGCAGGACAAAAUAAUGCGCAAUACAACGGCGAAUUUAAUAAUAUUAUACGUGAAAAACGUUCUAAAUCACAACCAAGAGAUGGUGAUACAUCAUAUUUAAUAAAUGUUGGUAACAAUCUUGGUAAAUUUUUAGACAAUGAACGUUAUUUUUAUUCAAGUGAUUAUCAGUUUGAUGAGACUAUGAACGGUAACGGUUCGUAUAAUAACAAUAGUAAUAAUAAUAAUAUAAAUAAAAUGAAUAUCGGCGGUGGCGGCGGUAACGGUGGCAUACAAAUGCAAAACGGUUGCAAUAAAUUACCGCAACAAAACGGUACAAAUAAUAUUAUAAAAAAUAAUUAUGAUGGUAAUUUUAAUAAUGAUUAUGUACCCCCACCAACACAAUUUACAGAUGAAAAACCACCAAGUGGUAAAGUACGUAAAAGUUCUAGUUCUGGUGCCGGUACAAAAACUGGUGGUGGUGGUGGUGGUGGCGUUAGUGGCGGUAAUGUUGGUUGUGUUACAAAUAAUAAAAAUAAAAUCGGUUUAAUUGAAACAAAUUUGGAUACACAUGAAACUGUUAUAUCGGGUAAGACACAAAGUCUUAUGGAAUUAGGACCAAAUCAUAGCACAAGGAAUUAUAAAAAUGCAAAUAUAUUAAGACAACAGAAUGAUCGUAUUGAUGACGAUGAUGAUGAUGAUGUUGAAGGAAAUAAUCAUCAUCACGGUAGUAUUAGAAGACCACAUAAAUCAAUGGAAUUUUUAUUGGAUAAAGAAAAUCAAAAAAAUGCUGCGUCCUCAAGUACUGAAUAAGAAAUUGAAUAUUUCCAUUAAGAAAGAAGAAAACAAUGAAUUCGAAAAUAAAAGCUUGGUAUUCGAGAAUAUUUUGAAGUCAAGAUGUCUUAUGAUAAUAUUUUUGUAAAAAAAAAAAUAAAGAGACGGGUCCUGCUCUUAUUGCUUUGAUUUGAAGUUAAUCAAAUUAUUAUUAACCACUAUAAGAUCUAAUUUCCGAGAAAUAAAUGUGAAGAGAAAGAGUUUCUCUUAAUUACAGAUGUCCACAUUAUGUUUUAUCAACAUUUUUAAUGAACACACUAAAUAUUUCUUAUGUAAUAUUUAAAUAGCAUUUUAUAACUAAAUGACUACUAUAUUCAUUUUGAAAAAAUGUUUUUCAUAAAUCUAAAAUCAUAAAGAACUUAAUAAUAACUUUGAUUAUAUUCUAAAUUUUUGAAAUAUACAAUUAUUAUUUUUUUUUUUUUUGUAAACAUUAAAUUGUGUUCGCAAA